AUGGCAGCUACACAGGGUCCAGUUAUUGCUGGUGUUGCGAUCAGUUUCGCAAUCCUCAGUUUCUUGACCAUCUGUCUACGACUCUUUGCUCGAAUCUAUGUCUUGAAGCGAAUGGGCUUGGAUGAUUAUUUGAUUAUCGGCGCCUGCCUUCUAUCAUGGGCAUUCACAGCGGUUACCAUUGUCGCUGUCAAGCAUGGUAUGGGCCAGCACAUGGUGGAUGUGGAUCAAAGUGGUCUCAUCACAUACUCUUUUGCCGUCUGGUUGAGUUCGAUGUUCUAUCUGGCCGCCCUUGGCUUUGUCAAAACCUCCGUCUGCUGGUUCUACACCCGACUUGGUGACAAGCAACUCACGCGUAUGUCUCUCGUCAUGAUGUGUGUUGUGGGUUGCCAAGCCACUUCAUUCGUUCUGACAGCUGCGUUUCAAUGCAAUCCCAUUGCCCGCGCCUGGAACACUAGCAUUCCUGGCCGCUGCGUAACAAUCAACGUCUUCUACCUCGCCAACGCAGCGCUGAACAUUACGACCGAUCUGCUCACCUACUCGCUGCCGAUCCGGGUCAUCUUGAAGCUACACAUGCCAAAGAAACAGAAGUUGGCCCUCGGUGGUAUCCUCUGUCUCGGUCUAUUCGCUUGCAUCUCCUCCAUAAUCCGAAUCACCUACAUCCCCGCGAUGCUCACCUCCAGCGACUCCACCUACGCCAUCAGCGGCGCCAUGUACUGGUCCGCCAUCGAGAUUAACGUCGGCAUCUUGGCCUCCUCCAUCCCGUCCUUCAAAGCCAUUGCCUCUCGCUUCCUCCCUCGCUUGAUCGGCGAGUACAGCUCGAACCGCGGCUACGGCGGAUGGUCGAGCAGCAACAUGAGAAAAGAGGAAUCGGGCUUCUCCAAGGGUCGCGAGCAUCCAUUCGAUAUGAGUAUCCUACAGACCCAAGAUGGAGACGCUAUGACAGGCACACAGAUUGGGAGGAACAACAGCCAGGAACGGAUUAUCAUACCGGAUGGGAAGAUCUAUGCUCAUACGGAAAUCGAGACGAAUGUCGAAGUCAGUACGGAGUACUAUACUCGCCCGAUGCAGUCGUUUGACAUUCCUCGGUCUCUGGGGACGCAUAGUUCUUGAGAGAAUAACUAUACCCUUACUUUCUUCUACCUUUUGUCAUUUAUUCCUCGUUAUUCAACUUCAUAUACCCUUUUCUUCUUCCUUCAUUC